AUGGAGGCACCACAGGAGGAGGCCGGCCAUGGCGACACCGGAUCUGGCAUCUCCGGGGUCCUCUACAAGUGGGUCAACUACGGCCGCGGGUGGCGGCCCCGCUGGUUCGCGCUCAGCGACGGCGUGCUCUCCUACUACAAGAUCCACGGGCCCGACCGCAUCGACCUCUCCCGCGACACCGACCGCGGCGCCAAGGUCAUCGGCGAGGACUCGCUCCGCCGCCUCGCGCGCCCCUCCUUCGCCUCCGCCCCCCACUCCAACGGCCACGGCCACCACCAGACGCCCCGCAAGCCCCUCGGCGAAAUCCACCUCAAGGUGUCGACCGUCAGAGAGAGAAGAUCGGACGACAGGAGGUUCUCCAUCUUCUCGGGGACCAAGAGGCUGCACCUGCGGGCCGAGACGAGGGAGGACAGGGCCGCGUGGCUCGAGGCGCUCCGUGCCACCAAGGAGAUGUUCCCGAGGAUGUCCACCAGCGAGAUGGUCGGGUCGGGGGACACUGCGGCGGCCGCGGCGGUCUCCACCGAGCGCCUGAAGAAGCGCCUGCAGCAGGAAGGGGUCAGCGAUGCUGCCAUUGCUGACAGCGAGAGGAUCGUGCGGGAGGAGUUCGAAGCGCUGCACAAGCAGCUUGUGCUUCUCAAGCAGAAGCAGGCGCUAUCCUUGACACGCUCCGCCACCUAGAGACAGAAAAGGUCGAUUUGGAGAAUACCCUCGUUGAUGAGAGCCAAAGACAGUCGAAAGAGUAUGGAUCUGCUUCCAGACCAAGGAAUGAGAAGCUUAGUGGUAUGACAAAUUUAGUUAGUGUAAAUCUUACUGCUACACAUGCUAUUGAUAUACGUGCGUUCUGAACUAUCUUCUGAUAAUUUGUUGGUAAAAUUGCGCACAAAUAAAAUAAAUAGUAUUUUGGCUCAGAAAUCAACUACUGAAUUCAAAGGACCAUUUUGACCCUAUAGUGCUCCGAAAUCAACUAUUGAAUUCAAAGGACCAUUUUGGCCCUAUAGUGCUCUGAAUAGUUUGAUCAUAUUCCAACUUCAGCCUUUUGGGCAGUGAAGCCUCAUACAGAGGGUGGGCUUUUAUCUAGAAAUAGGCUGAAAUGUUACUUGUACCACCUGAAUAAAACAGUGAGAAUUGAAAGCAUAAAGCUCAUUGACUCCCAAUCCAGAAAUGUUCCAUCCUACCAGCCAAAUGUAGACAUGAUAACUUCAGCCAAUCUGCUUCAUUAGUUACAAAUGGUUUCAUUAGAUAAUAAUGAGUAAGUGAAGAAGUUGAAUGGAAAUAGUCGAUAUUUGCAUUGUGGCUGUUGGAUUAAUCAGCCUAUGUAGUAUGUACAGAUGCUUAGAAGGUGAUCCAAGUUUAGUUGGUUGUCGAAGAAGAAUAAAUUCAUAAAUCAAAUGUGCAAAAUUAGUCCAGUCAUCUCAGUUUCAGGUUCAUAGAGAAGAUACUGAUUUCUAUAUAUGAUUUAGCCAAUUGAAAUUCACACUGCACUGUGCCUGUCUCACUGAAGUUGUUAGUUACUUGGUCUGAAAAAAUGACAGUAUUGACAUGUUAUAAAUAGUUUGUUUGUGUUUCUGUUUAUUUUGUUACAUUUUGCAGGGAUAAAGUGAA